CCGAUUUCAGGGACCCCAAGCGUCAGAUCCAAUAGACCAUUGGUAGGGCGACUGCAGCCAAAAGCACAGAGACCCCAACAAAACAAAGGAAACCCUCAAUGUCCCUUGACGACGAUGACAACCCCGCUGUCGGCGUGGCCAGCCCUAUCAUCUCGGGCGUUUCCUCCUCGGCCGCGCUUCCCCCGGACGUGUCUCCAGAUGCCCUCUCAGUAGACGACCUGAUUGAAGACGAGGGCACCGCGUCGCAGGACUUCCGACUUUUCCGCAAAAAUGCUCAUGUCUCGGCGCAGACGAUCCGCAAGGGUGAGAAGGACUUUGAGUCGCACGGCACGCGAGCGCAGGUCGAGGCUCUCGAGCAGAGCAGAGCCGCUAUGCGGGAUGUCUUGAGCUAUACGAGAGUCCAUACAGGGCCGCAGAGGAAUCUUGCGAGGGGCUGGUACUUUCCUCAAUGGUGGGAAGGAUACCAGGAGGAACUGCAGGAGGGGGAAGCUGGGUCUGCUGGGGAGGGCAAGGAAAUGGAAAAGGAGAGGAGACCGUUUGGGUAUAUCAGGGAGAGGGUGGUUGUGUUGGAGGGGUCUUCGGUGGCGAGCAUGAAUCUCGGACGGGCGGUUACGGGGCAGGCGAAGGAUAGGCCUGCUAGAGGAAAAGACUGGCUGUUGCCUGAAGAGGCGCUAUAUCUGGUCGAAAGGGGCUCAUUGGACCUGUGGUGGCCGACGAGGGGUUUAGAGGAGAUAUUCCCCCCUGAGACGACCCCUAAGGAAGGCGAAGGAGAGGAGCUCGACGAGUACGACCUGGGGUUCCCGCUCAGUCUCCAGGCGGCAUACGCGCUGCUCAUCGGUAAGGACGACGAGCGAGGCAAGAUCAGCUUGCAAAAGUUCCAGGUCUACUCGAAUCUCAAGCGGUGCGGCUACAACGUCCUGCGGGCACCACCCAUUACCACUCAACCAACCCGUUGCCCAACAGUGGCGACCACGACAACCCUCUGGCAAUGGCUCACCUCGAUUCUUACCUCGCAACCGCAUCACAAACAUUACGGCCCGCUCGUCCGACCAGGCCUCUACCGCUCCUACACCUCGAUAUACCGGCAAAUGGCCCUUAUCCCCUUACACAAACCCUCCCGUUCUCCCUCAAAUCCCCGAAACUCCCCAGGUGAACCCUUUGCAAUUCACUUCCACGUCUGGAAAGCGGCGCAGAAGUGGACCAAACUGCGGCACCCCCCGCCAGAUUUUCACCUCGCCGUCGUCGACGCGCAGGAAUCCGCCGUUCCAACGCUGCGCGAGAUCACCGCCCUGCUCGACGCCACGCCGCAUGCGCCGGGCAAGCCCGAGUGGACGGGCCCCGGUAGGUUGUACGCACGGCUGAAGCACGGUCACCGGAACGGCCUGGUAGCGGUGGUCGAUCAUGGGGUGAUCAAUUACAUGCGCUUCGCGGAGGCAGCGUUUGGGGAGGAGAGGAUCUAUGAGAGGUUUGAUGCUCGAGGCCACAUGAAAAGUGGGGGAAAGAAAUAUGGGGGAGGGGCGAGGAGUGGGAAUGGGAAUGGUGGUGGGAGGUGGGGUCGUGGUGGGAGAGGAAGGGGACGAGGGAGGUAGUUGCUUGAUGGGAGUGAAAUGGGAGGAUAGUAGGAGGGUUGAGUUGGUUGCAAAGCCUUCUAAGAGAGUGAACUGAUUUCCGCUCUUGUUAGCAAGGGGUGCGAGCAAAGCGUGUACCAUUUGUCCAAACAACACAGCCCUCCUUGAAUCGCCCAGCCCGGAAAGCGUCCCGAAGCCGAGACGAGCUUGUUCAAUCCAAGUCUAGCCGUGC